AUGGCGUGGUCCCGGCUGGGCCUGGAGACAAGAACUGGAUGGCAGCUGUCCCUGAGGAGGGAGCAGGCUGGGGCGGAGCUCUCAGUCUCCCACACCCUGGGACCCUUGCAGGAGGCCCUGUGUGAGGCAGGACUGCAGCCCUGCUGGCGGGACCGUCUUGGGCAGUUCCACUCCAGCCCCUCCUCCAUGGAGAAGGUGGGCUCCAUGCCUGCGUCCCUUCUGGGUCAGAAGACACCUACCGGGCUGCCUCGGGGCCACUCGGACCCCGGAAUCCUCCCCAGCUCAUCUCCACUCUGCCGCCCCCGCCCCAGUCCCAAGUGCAUCCUCAGGGCUGUCACCUCCCAGAGGUCCAGCAGCGAAGACCACUGCCAUGCCUUUGAGGAGACCCUCUUGACCAUGUCCACUACCACGCCCUCCAAAUCAUCGUCCUCCAGUCUGGGCUCCCCGGUUUUGAACCUGAGACUCUUCCGCUUCCUGCAGCUGCUCUCCACCUGUGUGGCCUUCUCCCUGGUGGCCCGCGUGGGCACCUGGAGCGGGGCCAUAAGUAAUUGGUACCUGUUCAUCUGGUGCUUCUGCUUCGUCGUGGCCCUCAUCAUCCUCAUAGUUGAGUUAUGUGGGCUCCAGUCCUGCUUCCCCCUCUACUGGUACAACUUUUCCAUCAACCAUGCCCGCCACGCCACCCUCUUCUGCCUCUCGGCCUCCAUCGUCUUUGCCAUCACCUACAUCCAGUUCUUGCCUCAGGGCCCCACCCGGGACCACGCCAUCGCUGCCACCGCAUUCUCCUGCAUCGCUGCUAUGGCUUAUGCCACCGAAGUGGUCUGGACCUGGGCCUGUUACCUGCCAGGUGAGCUCACCAGUUUAAUGGGUACCAUGCAUAGCCUGCUCAAGCUUCUGCAGAAUUUCGUGGCCAGUGUCAUCUUCGCCUUCAUCUGCAGCCCCCACCUGUGCUAGCCCCAGCCGGCCCUGGUGUGGUGCAUGGCCGUGUACCCCAUCUGCUUCCUCCUGGGGACCAUGGCCCUCCUGCUGAGCUUGGUUGACUGCGACAAUAGGCAGCCCAUCUUCUGCAUUUUCCUGUUGGGGCUGAGUCUGCUCUCUGUCCUCCUCUAUGCCAGUGCCCUGGUCCUCUGGCUGCUGUACCAGUUCAGCAAGAAGUUCGGUGGCCAGCCCCAGCGGUCCAGCGAUGUGAGCUGCAGUGAUGAGCUCCCCUCCACGAUGUGCAUCUACGACCAACACCUGGCUGUGGCCAUCCUGACAGCCAUCAACCUCCUGACUUACGUGGCCGACACAGCGUACUGGGCCCGCCUCGUUUUUGUCAGGCACUGA